AUGGAAGCUCAAAAUAUUAUUGCGAAAGUAGAAGGCCCGUCGGAAUGGGACAACCGCGAGCCGCCCAGCACUACCCAAUCCGAGCAAACUGCGGAACCAAAGAGUCAGCAAAUCUCCGAGCCUAUCGUAGAAACCACCACCGAGACCACAACGGUCGCGACCACGACCACGACUCGCGCGACGACCACUACCACUCGUACGACGACCACGACGACGACUACGACAAGGCCCACGACAACGCUUGAGCCAACGAAGUACUGCAUCGUGAAGAAGCCGGAGAGUGAUGAUCAGGCGCAGUAUAUCAAGAUGGGGGAAACGAGACGGCUGUACCGUUCUGCGGAGCUGGCCGAAUGCACAGACCUGUGCGUCUGCGAGGCGUCGCUUCAAGUAUCCUGUAAGGUGGCCUGCGUCCCCCGAGCGCCUUGCUCGUCCCGACUUGCCCACUACUCGCACGCUGCGCCGGCGUAUCAAGCAUACAGGGGUCGUUGCUACUGCUAUUCUGGGUCGUUUAUCUGCAUGAGGCCCAAUCCUGGUGAAUACAAGCUGCCCGAAGGCGUGUACUUACUGCUGGGCUUCAGCGCGGUAGACGAGGCUUUGCUGCGUCCGCACACCGGGCUCGGCGCUGAAGAUGCUGUCCGUCUACUCCAGCAGUAUCUGUAUACUGUGCACAAUGAUGGGACAAACUGCACUCUGACCCUGUUCAACAUCAGCAACGAGAACGUGAUCAUCUCGGCGAGCGUCCCGCAGAGGGAACAGGAGUCCCUACGGGAGGCUGGCGAGGCUUUACUGGAUCGGGAGAAGGAGGAAUGUAUUGACGUCCUGAAAGAGGUCAAGACCAGGAUCAACACCCAACACGAAGAUAUCUCCUCUCACCUACUUCUCUCUAUCUUCAAGAUCGCUGAAGUGGACGUGGUCUACCCCGCACCCCCUAGCUCGGCCAUCACCAGCCAUCGGCCUCAAAGCCUCAUUUACCUCUUCAUCAUCCUCAUCACCAUCCUAUACAACGUCGAAUUCAUCAUCCCCGCCGACAAAAUCGUCAAUUUUAUAUCGNGAAAUCCAACACCCUCCUUCUGGCGCAGUCGGCUGUACCGCUCGGCAGAGCUGGCGGAAUGCACAGACCUGUGUGUCUGCGAGGCGUCGCUUCAAGUAUCCUGUAAGGUGGCCUGCGUCCCCCGAGCACCCUGCUCGUCCCGACUUGCCCACUACUCGCACGCUGCGCCGGCGUACCAGGCGUAUAGAGGGCGUUGCUACUGCUACUCUGGAUCGUUUAUCUGCAUGAGGCCCAAUCCUGGUGAAUACAAGCUGCCCGAAGGCGUGUACUUGCUGCUAGGUUUCAGCGCGGUCGACGAGGCGUUGCUGCGCCCUCACACCGGGCUCGGCGCUGAAGAUGCUGUCCGUCUACUCCAGCAGUACCUGUAUACUGUGCACAAUGAUGGGACGAACUGCACUCUGACCCUGUUCAACAUCAGCAACGAGAACGUGAUCAUAUCGGCGAGCGUCCCACAGAGGGAACAGGAGUCCCUCCGGGAGGCUGGCGAAGCUUUACUGGAUCGGGAGAAGGAGGAAUGUAUUGACGUCUUGAAAGAGGUCAAGACGAGGAUCAACACCCAACAUGAAGAUAUCUCCUCCCACCUGCUUCUCUCUAUCUUCAAGAUCGCUGAAGUGGACGUGGUCUACCCCGCACCCCCUAGCUCGGCCAUCACCAGCCAUCGGCCUCAAAGCCUCAUUUACCUCUUCAUCAUCCUCAUCACCAUCCUAUACAACCUCGAAUUCAUCAUCCCCGCCGACAAAAUCGUCAAUUUUAUAUCGAAUUUAUUCGAUUAUAUAACAACUUCGAACGUCGUUCCUUUCUUUAACGAGAGAUAUAAUAUUUUGAACUUUCUAUCUAUUUUGAACGAAGAAUUUACUGAAAUUAUAUAUGUACAAACAUCGCACGAUGCACACGCUUAUGUAAAUGCACAAAACGAAACUAUCACCGAAGUUAAAGUAGAUGUAAGUGAUCUAGAUGUAAAUAUUUAUAAGGAAAUGAUACAUAUCAUAAAAGCUGUGAAUAUUACAAUAUUUGAUAAUUUUAAAAAACUUGUUGCUGAUGCAAUUAUACUUAAAUAUUUUUCUAGAGACGUGUACUAUGAGAUUGGAUGUACUAUUACUGUACUGCUUUUUUAUUUCUUUGUUGAGAGAGCGUCCUCUUCUAGAGUUGAACUUGAGUCCGAUAGCCUAGGUCUGAAAUUAGUAGUAGUUUGAAGACUGAAGAUUAUGAACUAAACAUAUCAUAGUUAAUAUAUUUGGUUUGUUUCCGACUUAGACUGGUGCUUUGUAGGUGGAUCUUAAAGGCUGGGUUUUGUAAAUAAGUGUACGCCUUUUACACUGGUAAAUUUUUGUUAAUAUACAAUAGUUAUCUGCUAUAGACACGAUUUGAAUUUUUUGAGAUGUUCUGCAUUCAGGAUUUUAUAGAAAAAAUAUUAAUAGUGGUAGAAAAGCAAAAACUUAUUAAAA